AUGCUCUGGAUUUCUGUUGCUGAUGUUGGUUCAUCGCCCUUGCGCUGUUGCUGCAUUCUAGGAUGUUGCGACAAGUGUUGCACGAAGGGCUCAGGACGUCAUUCCACAAACUGGGCCACUUCGUCGCCAAUCACCCGGUGUUUUUCGCCUCAGCGCCCGUGCUGAUCUCAAUCCUGCUGGGCGCGAGCUUCAGCAGAUACCGCAUUGAGGAAAACGUGGAGUACCUGUUAGCCCCCAAACACAGCCUGGCGAAGAUCGAGGGGAACUUGGUGGAUAGUUUGUUCCCAGUCAACCGGUCCAAACAUACGCUUUACUCGGACCUGCAAACACCCGGGAGAUAUGGCCGGGUCAUCGUAACUUCGCGCAGGGGGAGCGUGUUAGACCCUCAUCACGUCAACUCAGUCUUAAAGCUUCACAACACUAUCACUCAGAUCCAGGUUCCUAUGCUGGGAUUCAACUACACAUUUGCCCACCUCUGUCUGCUGGAUGAGAGCAAGAGCUGCAUUGUGGACGACAUCCUGCGGGUUCUGGAAGAGAUGAGAUCGGCUCGGGCAUUCAACCAUUCAGUACCUCCUCUGCGUUAUCCCAUCACCAAGCUCAAAGAUGGACGGGAGGCCUAUAUUGGUCACCAACUGGGCGGAGUCCUGGCAGGCGGAGGGAGAGACGGGGUGCGUUCUGCUCGAGCCCUUCAACUCACAUACUACCUGCAGGCGGUCAGCCCAUUGAAUGAAGUGGUUGCGGCCAGCUGGGAGCUGCUUUUCUGCAGGGAGUUGGAGAACUUUGGAAAGGCUCAUCCGGAGCUUAGUUUAUACCCCUUCACCUCCUCUUCCCUUCAGAGGGACUUUCAAAGAACCAGUCGGGUAUCAGAGCGGCCGCUGCUCUUUAGCCUGGCUGUGUGUCUCUCUCUGGCCAUGCUGUGCUGUUCAAUGCGAGACUGUGUGCGUACAAAGCCCUGGCUGGGUCUGCUGGCUCUGGUGACCGUCAGCCUUGCCACACUUACCUCUGCUGGCAUCUUAAACCUCACUGGAGGGAAAUACAAUUCAACGUACCUGGGGAUCCCUUUUGUCAUGUUAGGUCAUGGCUUGUUUGGCACAUUUGAGAUGCUGUCGUCUUGGCGACGGACCCGCGAGGACCAGCAUGUGAAAGAGCGAGUUGCUGCUGUGUUUUCUGACUGUAUGCUGCCCUUCACAGCUAGCACGGCCCUGCAUGUAGUCACCUUUGGCAUCGGGGCCAGUCCAUUCACAAACAUUGAAGCUGUGCGUCUCUUCUGUCGGAACGCCUGUAUCUCAGUCCUCUUCAACUACCUCUACAUCCUCACCUUCUAUGGCUCCAACCUGGUGUUUGCUGGAUACCUGGAAAACAACUACCGUCACAGUUUGUUUUGCAGGCGUGUACCAAAGCCCGAGUUGCUGCAGCAGAAGCCAGCAUGGUACCGCUUCCUUAUGUACACACAUUACAACGAGGAGGCCACAGAAGCAGGACCGCUGUGUGCUUAUGAAAGCCACCUGCUGGUAGCCUUUAUGAAGCGGUACUACUGUGACUGGAUCACCAAUACCUAUGUCAAACCAUUCGUGGUUCUUUUCUACUUAGUCUAUGUUUCCUUUGCCCUCAUGGGCUACCUUCAGGUCAGCGAAGGGUCAGAUCUUAGUAAUGUGGUUGCCACAGAAACAAGCACUAUAGCAUAUACUCGUGCCCAACAGCGGUAUUUCAGCAGUUACAGCCCAGUGAUUGGCUUCUACAUCUAUGAGUCCAUUGAGUACUGGAACACCAGUGUGCAAGAGGACCUACUAGAGUACAUUAAAGGUUUUGAACGCAUUUCCUGGUUCGAGAGUUACCUCAACUAUCUUCAUGGGCUGAACAUCACUACUAGCCUGUCCCGCAGCAACUUCACAGAGCGCCUGCGCUCUGGAUUUCUGCGCCAAGCCCGAUACGUGCAUUUCACAGAUGAUAUCAUCUUUGCCAAACGUUCGGAUGGGGAAUUUGACGUGGUGGCCUCGCGUAUGUUUCUCGUUGCUAAAACAACUGAAAACAAACGAGAGGAGAUGUCUAUCCUACUUGACACACUGAGGAAACUGUCCCUGACCUCCAGGGUAAAAUUCAUCAUCUUCAAUCCAUCCUUUGUGUAUAUGGACCGCUAUGCCUCAUCAGUUGGAGCACCACUGAAGAACUCUUGCAUCGCUGCUCUCUUUCUGCUUUUCUUUUCCACCUUCUUGGCAGCUGACCCACUGGUGAAUGCUUGGUUGACUGUGACAGUAGCCUCUGUUGAGUUUGGACUGGUUGGUUUCAUGACUCUAUGGCGGGUAGAGUUGGACUGCGUCUCAGUACUGUGUUUGAUCUACGGGGUGAACUAUGCCGUGGACUCCAGUGCUCCACUUGUAUCAGCGUUUGCUCUAGGCCGUGAAUCCACUCGAACACGCUGGGUGAAACUGGCUCUGGAGCAACAUGGGGUCCCUGCCCUGCAGAGUUACUUGUGUUAUGGGGCAGCUCUGCUUCCUCUUGCAGCCGUGCCCUCAAACCUCACCCGUACGCUCUUUAGGUGCCUCUUUCUCACCGCCAUAAUCACAGCCUUCCACUGUUUGGCCAUUCUCCCAGUCCUGCUCACUUUCCUGCCUCCCUCCAAGAAAAAAAGGCGGGAAAGAAAGAAUGCUGCAGAAAACAGGGAAGAAAUUGAGUGUGUGGAGAUGGUGGACAGCACUCGUGUGGUUGAUCAGAUUACCACUGUCUAACCGCAUGGCAUGUCUAAAAGGGAGGCAGAUAAGGAUGUACAAGAAUAGAAAAGCCAAAACACCCCCAGGGGGCGAUGGAAAGAGUCCUGAGAAAGCUGGGCUUUAAAGUUUAGGGGCAAAGAUGACUUUUAAGUACCUUACAAGUGUACUUAAACAAAACAGGUACAAGCCUACAUUUUAAACAAGGCUUUUGUUUGAUCAUAAAAGCAGUUGACAAGUUAAAGAUUGAGUAACUGAUGCUGAGAUGUAUCAUUGUGAUGGCAAAAGCCCUAUGCAGGUUUUGCUGCAGCUCAGAUGAGAGCGAGGAAGGCCAGAUGAACCACACUGCUGCGCAGUUGCAGAUAAUCACAGAGGGGGGAUCCUCUGGUCUGCAGUAUUACAGCAGCAGUAAAGCAGAUACUGUAACAAGCUAUUGCUCUGACAAGGCGUAGAUAGAGACGUAUAAUGUUUCUGAUGCCCCAAGAACCAUACCAAUAAUUUCGGGGGCCAAGCAGCCAUAUUUGUACCUGCUGAUAGCCAUGACUUUAAUACACCCAGUGUCACCUCCUCCAAAAGGUUUGGUAACUGUAUAUUUGUGGGUUAUAGUGAUAUUAUCUUUUCAAACUGAAAGCCACCUCCCCAACAAUGACCAAUGUGUUAGAGACAUAUAUGACUGGUCUUUUUAAAAAGAAUGUAAGAAGAGAGAGAAAAAUUGGUUGGUAGAAAGUGAAGGACAGAAGGGGGUGGGGAUGUGCUGUAGAGAUACACAGAAGCAGCAAGCCUCUGCUGACAGGUUGAUAUGAUGUGAAAUUCUUCCAGGGUAAUUCAUGGUCACAAUUUAGUUGCAUAGUGUAUGUUUUAUUUCAAUUAGAGCAUCACCAAUGUGAUCACAGCGGAGAGUAUAUUCUUUGAAGGAUUCAUGCCUGCUUCUCCUUGCUUUUUCUGUUUGUCUCUAAAAAUGCUGAAAAUCACCUUGUCACAGACAAUGCUCUUCAUCAAUAUGCAUGAGCCAGAGUCCCUUCGUUUUCACCCUCCUUUGCCCUCUGUAAAAAAGAGAGAGAGAGAGAGAGAUAAAGAGAACUGGGGCAAAACUAGAGCAUGGGAAAGGAGCAUCUGGCGAUCAAAUCUACUUUUCAAAUUCUCCUCUAUGCCAAAAGCAACUGAUGUCAAAUCAGUCAAGAGUUUAAACAGACUUUGUGCAGUACUUUAACAGUAUCUGUGCAGAAAAGGAGACCCAGUGUAUGGUUUUAUGACGUGAUAUAUUUGAGAUGUCUUUAGCAGCUUGUAAAUUGGUGCUGAUUAUAUAUACACAAAUAUAAAGACCAAGAAAGGUGGAAAGACGUACACAUGAUCAGACACAUUAGCAAUCAUAAUCUGGCAUCUGCAAAAUAGUUUUUGAUCAUUGCCCAUCUAUUUGACCACUAGCCCUCACCUACUCCAUUCUCCUCCUAAGUAGCACUUCAGCCCGCAAUCAUCUGGAGAUAUUCCCACACCUAUAUGGUUAAUUAAAUCAGCCUAUAUAUAUUUACCGUGCUAAAGCCUCUCACGGCUGAUCUUACUGAUCUCAGUGCAGUAGCCAGUACUCAAUACUCUCUCAGACUAAUCUAAGGAUAGUGCUCUGAAAGAUUUUCUCAACAAUUUAAUUAAAGUCUUCUAAGAUCUCUGAGUGACCUCAGAUCAGCAACCCAAAAGCUGCUCUGACUGUCUGAUCUCAGAACAGUGCUGUAAAUAGGCCUCUUGGUGAUUUCUGAAAAGCACUGAAAUACAUAAAUGCAUGCUGUUUG